CCGGAUUACCACAGGACGCCCUUUUCAAAACACACUUUAUUUCCUUUGACAAGUUGAAUUUUUCACAGAAGGAAGAAAAAAAGUUUGGGGCUGCUCAAGGAAAGAAGGAAGCAUCUUGGAUACCUAUGUGCUUGCAAUCUUCUUUUUUUGGUUGAUUUAGUAACUUUACCCUGUUCACCUGCCCUUCUCACCUUUCUUGGAGGGCCGUGUGUGUUGGCGCGCGAUGGAUCACACUCUGUUCGGCUGCCUGCGCAGUCCCCAUGCCCCGGCGCAGGCCCUGCAUCCCGCCUUCGCCCAGUCUCCGCUGACUCUGCACGGACGCUCGGACCACGUCUCCUACCCCGACUUGGCCUCCUCCUCCUCCUCCUCCACCUCUUCCCCCUCGCCCUGCAUCAUCUCCAGCUACCAGGCCGACGACGGCCUGUUCCCCGGUCAGCACCACCACCCCCACCGCGGCCACCUGCCCUCCCAGCAGCAUCACCACCCGCCUCAGCACCAGGCGCCCUGGCACAUUCCACAGAUGCCGUCGCCUGGUAGCAGCGGCGCCCGCCACAACCUUUGCCACCCUCACUCUCACUCGGCCCAGGACAGCGGGCCCACGCCCCCGGACCUAGGCCACCCCGGGGGCCCCAGUAUGUGUGCCAGCACCCCCAGUCUGGGCAAUGGCAGCACCCCAACGGGGGCCUCCUGCGUGCCUGCAGACUUUGGCAGACAGACUCUGUCACCUGCUGAGGCCGAGAAGAGGAACGGCAAGAGGAAAAGUGACAGCUCAGAGUCCCAGGACGGGAAUUACAAGUCAGAUGUGAGCAGCAAGCCCAGGAAGGAGAGGACGGCGUUCACCAAGGAGCAGAUCCGAGAGCUGGAGGCCGAGUUCGCCCACCACAACUACCUGACCCGGCUAAGGCGCUACGAGAUCGCCGUCAACCUCGACCUCACCGAGAGACAAGUGAAGGUGUGGUUCCAGAACAGGAGGAUGAAGUGGAAAAGAGUGAAAGGAGGCCAGCAGGGGGCGGUAGCUCGGGAGAAAGAACUGGUGAAUGUGAAAAAGGGGACAUUGCUGCCAUCGGAGUUCUCUGGCAUCGCAGCGCUUCACCACUCCACAGACUCCUUAGCCAAUGAGGACAGUCACGACAGCGACCAGAGCUCUGAGCACGCUCACUUAUGAUGCACAGACACCUGGCCCCGCCUCCUCAGAGUAGGCCCCGCCUCUGCCUCAGGACCGUCCUUAAAAGGACCGCUGUUUGCUGAUGUGCCAUCGUCAUACAACGAUGCUAAAUAAAUGUACAAAUGUACAAAGGGAUGACACGUGUUUCUUGAUGUAAGCGAAUGCAGUCACAGUGGAGGCAAAAGGUAAAAAUUCAACAGUGGAGCACAUAAAGGAGAGUGCUGAAAUACUUCAAAGAGCCAUUGGUAGAAGAUUUCUUUGAUAAAUGCCAAAAAAGGGAAAGUAUAAAUAUUAAAAUGCCAUGCUUUGGUUACAGAAAUUCACUGAAUAUUACAUUUUGGACUUAAGUCAGAUUUGGUCAAAACAUUGAACAUUCCAUGUUGUGUGUCUUCUUGAGCGAGAGGCGGCUGAGGCUUUGAUUUGCACUGUUGAACACACGCCUCAAUUGGUUGCUACUGUAUGCAAUGUAAAUUACGAUGUAAUUGAGUUAUUGAUCAAAUCAAGUGCCGGGAAAUCAAAUUUGCCUAGCUAAUAUAAAUAUCCUGUAAAUACUUCUCAGUAUUGUCUUACCUUAACAGUCAUUUUAUACCCACAAUAUUCAGCUCACUCAGUAAUAAACAUUGACGGUUCUUUGGUAAACACUUUUCGGCCUGGAGACGACAUUUUGUAAACAAACCUGAAACCU